AUGCUGGGUCACACCACGAUGCCAGUUCCCGUCCUUGACACGGCCCUCAAUCCAAAGAAACACUUCGAGCUUACGUCUACCAGAGUCAAGUGGGAAUUCUUCUUCAAUGCUCAGAGGCUAUUACGGGAUUGGUUUACAACCCAUCCCAGCACGCCAGUACCUUUGCAUACUGAUGUUGGGGAAAUGACGAUGCUCCCCCCGAGUAUGGCGAAUGAGAUUCGGAAUAAGGAACAUUUGAGCUUCUCCCAAUGGGCUAUGAAGGCAUUCCAUGGAAAUUUACCUGGAUUCGACGGAUUCCGUGAGAUUGGCCAAGAUUCGGGUAUUGUCCAGGCCGUUAUUGCAAAUGACCUGGCGAAAUACUUGAAUAAGGUUACUGAGCCCCUUGCCGAUGAAACUUCCGUGGCCGUCCGUGAGCUGUUAACCGAUAACGAAGAAUGGCAUACGAUCCGCUUGAGUGGUAUAAUGGUGGCUCUCAUUUGCCACAUCGCCUCGCGUGUUUUUCUUGGGGAGAAGUUGUGCCGGAAUGAAGAAUGGCUGCGAAUCACUCAAAGCUAUACCAUAGAUGGAUUCCUUGCGAUGACAGAACUCCGCAUGUGGCCUGCAGCUAUCUACCCCAUCCUCAGGACUCAAGUGAGUAAAUCUCGGAAAGUCAAGCAGCCAAUAUUGGAGGAGAGGCGUCAAUUAAAGGAAGGCCUGAUUCUUUCUGUCGGGGCCAUCCACACCACUUCGGACCUGACAUGUCAGACAAUGACCCAUCUUGUACAAAACCCAGAGAUUUGGGAGCCUUUACGCAAGGGAAUUGUCGACACUCUCCAACAACAUGGCUGGAAAAAGACCGCUUUGUACAACAUGAAAUUGCUGGAUAGCGUUAUCCGGGAGAGCCGAAUACUGAAACCAGUCACCAAAGUCUCAAUGCGCCGGAUGGUCCUCCAGGAAGUCAAGCUCUCCGAUGGGACGGUCAUCCCGAAGAAUGGCAUGCUUGCGUCCCAGGCACAACCUGUUACAACCGCCCCGGAGAACUUGGCUUCUGGACAUGGCAAACAUGCAUGUCCUGGACGCUUCUUUGCUGCCAAUGAAGUGAAGAUUGUAUUUAUCUUUCUCCUUCUGCGGUAUGACUGGAAGCUGUUGGAAGGGAUGGUACCAAGGAUCCUUUCUGGUGAGUUUGGCAUGGAACUUGACCCGACUCUGAAAUUGGAGGUUAGAAGGCGUCGUGAGGAGAUGGAAAUAUGA